GGCUUUUCCUUUAAUUUGUCACCCGUCCGUAGUUUGAAAGCCAGUCUUGUCUGGUCAUGGACUAAAAUACAACUGACAUGUUUUUUGUGGAAACUUGAGAUCAUAAAUGACUAUAAUCUUGUAUCUUGUAGAAAAAACAUAUCAGAUGCAAAGGCCGGUUAAAAGCCGAGUAAUUUUAUGUGUUAAAACAUCUUUGAUUCCUUACUCUAAAUAAAUAAUUUAAUUAUAAAUAAUGUGGAAUUUAUUAUUGCCCAGAAGCAGGGCUUUAAAUGGGAGUGUAACUCUAGUCAGUUGUAAGAUUUCAAGAAAAUGGAAAAGUACUCUUGUGAGAAUAAAACUGUAAUUAUCUGUUAAUGUCGGCACCAUAUAUGACGUGAAACUUGUCAGUAUGUUUUGUUUUUCGUGGAAUGAGGAAAUAGUCAAGGAAAAAUUUCAGAUGACUCAGAUAAUCAUGGAUCCAAUUACGAAGACGGCAGACGAUAAACUGAAUGAAAACCGGCCUUACGAGCCUAUUCCGUAUGACAUCCAUGCUGCGCUGAGAGAGAUGACCGCCUCAUUGGCUGCACAGAAGGUGGAGAUGAGGCAAUUACAAAAAGAUAAUGAAGCACAGGCAGAAAAGCUGAAAGAACUGGACAAACUGAAGACUGAGGUGGACAAGCAGAAGACUGAGGUGGACAAGCAGAAGACUGAAGUGGACAAGGUGAAGCAACAGCUACAAGCCCGACAGGUGGCUUUCUCAGCCGCUCUGUUAGCUGAAGGUUCAAAAAUGGUGGGACCUUUUAGAAGAGACACUACUCUGGUCUUCAAAUAUGUCGCCACAAACAUCGGACGUGCCUACAACUCAAACUCAGGUAUUUUCACUGCACCGGUGAGAGGAGCCUACCACUUUGAGUUCUACAUAGGUGGAUAUGUAGAUAAUCAUCAUCCUACAGCUGCUGUGUUGGUGAAGAAUCAAGAUCAUGUUUUUAGCGCAUAUGCGAAACAGACGUCCUAUUAUGCAAGUACCUCUAAUGGUGCCACACUGAUCCUGGAGGUUGGAGAUCAUGUGUUUGUGCGUAUGUACGCUAACACAAAGAUGUACGACGAUCACAAUCGCUAUUGCACCUUCAGUGGUCAUCUGCUUUUCGCCAUGUGAGAGGGAAACAGUUCCUCUUUAUCACCUUUAUAAUGCAUGUUUUUGUUGUCUUUAACUAAUCUUAAUUGAUCUUAAUUGAUCUUAAUUGUAAUCUGAUUAUCUAGAAACACUGUUUAUGAUUAAUUUUCCUGAUUC